UGCCUUGCCUUGCCUUGCCUUGCCUUGCCACGCUUGGCGCUUCGCCUCGUCCCGCUUCGCCAUUGGCCAUUGGCCAUCGGAUCAACGAGACCGACGACGCGAGACAGAGCGUGCUGAGUGAGAAGCUAAGCGGCCGCGAUAAUAGGAGUCGGCGCGCGCGCGCGCGCGCCAGGAUAGCGCGCGCUCGAGGACGAGCGCCUCGCGAAGGAGGAAGAACGUGGCCUCCCUCCCCGCUCCCCGUCACCCACCCCUCCCCGUCCCGGAGGUGGUGCUCCAGCUGCGAGGUACCCGAGGACCGAGGAGCCGCGGCCACCGAGACGUGUCAAAGAGUCGGGCGGAAGGUCGAUGCGCUGCGAGGAGGACACCACGAAGAGUACGAGGAAGAGAGAGAGAGAGAGAGAGAGAGAGAGAGAGAGCCCGGUGAAGUCCUCCGGUGAAGAUACAGUGCGCGACGACCGGCACUCGAGCGCCGGCCUACGUCGUGUGUUUGCCGGCCGCGUCCGCGGGACCGCUCUCGAAAAGGCCGUUUCCUCCCCGACGUGGGAUCGCCAGCGGAGCCCGCCACGAGGAACGUGGUGACCGGACCGCUUCUGAACGACGACGAGGCUCUCGACGAAGAAGCACCUCUGUCGUCUCCGCCGCGCUAGAAUCGCUGCUUCACAAGAUCCGCGUGUCGUCUCCGCCUGAAGCUGCCAAGGAAGUGACGACGACGACGACGACGACGACGACGACGACGACGGCAGUUGUACAACGGUUUACAACGUGAUCAACUCCCCCCCCUCCGCGCCGCGCCGAGCCCCGACGCGCAAGUCUGGGAUGUUUUGAACGGGGUGCGCGCGAAAACGCCGCGAGCCGUCAAUCGUUCCGCGCCGCAGGACUUCCUCGGACAUCGCGUUGUUUACGAGGCGACCUCCGCGCCAGCGAAAACAGACGGAUGUCCGCGGGCGACACGGCCGGCGACGGUGACGCCGUGACACGCACGCAUUCGACGUCGCAGGUGAUCAGCGAGUUGCCGCGAGUUGAUGCGAGUUGAGGUGCACGUCGUCGUGCAGGACGCGAUCGACGGCGACGAGGACGAGGACUGCGAGGACGGGCAGCGGCACGUGGCUCGACUACACCGCGACGACGGCCGGCGACGGGACAGGUUGAAAAGAUGCUGGCACUCGCGAUGCGCCGUGAACACAUGACCGGGCGCAGCAAUUACGAGCCCGCGAAUCCGCUCGCGGGGUUCGAACACCUGCAGCACAACAGUGGCGGCAACCCGUUCGCGGUGGUGCCCUCGUCCGAGGGGCGAGUGCGCGAGACUAGGCCGGAGGCCGAAGGUGAGUUGCAGGAGUUUGUGGACAUUGCGCAAGUGCAACAGCUGCUGCAGCAGCAGCAGCAGCAACAUCAGCAGCAGCAUCACCAUCAUCACCAUCAUCACCAGCAGCAAGCGGCCGCCGCGGCCGCGGCGGCCUCCUGCAUCUGGGGGGCGGUUUACCCGCCGCCGCCGCCCACCCUAGGAUAUCAUCACCAUCACCACCAUCAUCAUCAUCCGCCACCGCCGCCGCCGCCGCCGCCGCCGCCGCCGCCACCGCCGCCUCAGUCAUCAGGCGAGGACACGCAGUGCGGUACCGAGGAUUCUGCCGCCGCCCAAGGAGGCGAUCCGCUCCAGAGGAUGACGAUGGACGGCAUGGAGGUGGUCGGCUCGCAGCCGCACGCAGCCACCAGCCCGUUUCUGCUCUCCUCGCCACCCCUAGGACAUCAUCACCACCACGCUCACGCGACCUUCAACCUGCAAACGGUGCAACUCAGCUUCGACGCGUGUUUACCGUACAAUGCGGCCUCUUCAUCCAACUCGGUCACCUGCAGCAUCGGUGGGACACCUGUGAGCGCGACCUGCACGAAUUCGUCGAGCAGCUGCAGCAGCAAAACCGUCCCUACGCUCUCACUGUCGUCGUGCGUGCCGUUGCACGCGCAGCUCCAGAUCACCCCGAGCGACUCCACCGCGGAGCACAGUCAUGGCCGGCACCAUCAUCAUCAUCAUCAUCAUCACCGGCUGGACGAUCAUCACCAGCACCACCUGCACGCUGGCAGCGCGUCCUCCCCGUCCGCCGACGCCGCGGACGGCAAGAGGAACCGGCAGGGGACCGAGGACGACGAUAAGGGCUGCAUCAGAAACUGCAGGAACGAUCUUCACGACGCGAACGACAAGGACAAGCCCGGCGACCUCAACACGCCGGUCACCACCAGCAGCGACCUACCGUCUUUCUUCGGCCCCUCUGCGCUUGUCGAACCGCCGCCGAUCUCAGGCAGCCUGGCGGGCGAGGACCUCUCGCUGGAAGAGGCGACCGCGGAGGAGGACGAGAGCGGUGCGUCCGCCGGCAGAGAUCAUCGACACCACCAUCAUCAGCAGCAGCAGCAGCAGCAGCAGCAGCAGCAGCAGGACGCGCGGAGCGCCGUGACGUCGAGCGCACCGUCGUCGAGCAGUCCGCCGUCGCGUCACCACCCGGUCCAGGACGAGGCGGACCGCGGUAACGUGCUGCAGGGCGGAGUGAUCCUGUACUCGUCGCCGCACACCACGUCCUCCGUGCCGGCGAACAACGUCAACAUCUGCAACGUGCCGACGCUAACCUACCGCGGUGUCUUCACCACGACCUGCACGCAGUCCUCGCCGUUGGGCAAUCUCCAGAGCGAGCAGCAGCAGCAGCAGCAACCGCAGCAACAGCCGACGAGCCAAGAGCUAUGGGCUCCGUUACCCUCGCCGACCUUAACCUUGGCAGGUCAGCCGUUCCUUCACCCCAACCUACAUUCAGCCGCGUACGGCGGCGAGACCGUCGAGUUAUUGCAGGUCGAUUCGAAGCCGCCCCCGCCACCCGGUUAUCACGACCCACCGACCACCACCCCUGCGGCCUGGCUGACGGCGCACGAGGAAGCUUACGAUCCCGGGCUCCUCUCUCACCAUCACUCUCACGCUCACCAUCACGAGACCGCGUUGAAGCAAGAGCCAACCGGCACGUCCGGCUACACGCCUUGCGUGCAGCAACCGCAGCAGACGCAGCCGCAGCAGCAGCAGCAGCAGCAGCAGCAGCAGCAGCAGCAGCAGCAGCAGCAGCAACAGCAACAGCAGCAGCAACAGCAGCAGCAGCAACAGCAACAGCAACAAGCGCCACCGCCGGCCGGCGGCGGCACGGGGGUGCAGUUAGCGGAGUACAACCCGAGCACGUCGAAAGGCCACGAGAUCCUCUCGCAGGUCUACCAGCAGAGCGCUCUACCUCUGCGGCUGGUGCCGGUGAAGCCGCGCAAGUACCCGAACCGGCCGAGCAAGACGCCGGUCCACGAGCGGCCGUACGCCUGUCCGGUGGACGGCUGCGACCGCAGGUUCUCCCGCAGCGACGAGCUCACCCGGCACAUUCGCAUCCACACCGGUCAGAAGCCGUUCCAGUGUCGCAUUUGCAUGCGUUCGUUCUCGCGAAGCGACCACCUGACUACCCACGUGCGCACGCACACCGGUGAGAAACCGUUCAGCUGUGAUCAGUGCGGCCGAAAGUUCGCCAGGAGCGACGAGAAGAAGCGCCACGCGAAGGUGCACCUGAAGCAGAGGCUGAAGCGCGAGGCAUCGCACGCCAACCCGAGGAGUCAUCCGCAGAGCCACGCGUCGUCGCCCUGCAAUUAAUGAAUUCCACGAUGACAACGACGUCGACAGAGAAAUCCUUCUUCAACGUUGAGAUCUCAUUACCUUUGUCACGCUCUGACAAAUUGUGAUCUAUGUUAUCCAUCCGCCUCCCUCGCACGCUCACCCCCUCUCCCCACAGAGCCACCCUACUUUUCACCCCAUUCUGCCCCUUCCUCCCAACUCUUCUCCGAGUCUUUUCUUCUUCGGUCUUGAACCAGACGCUCUCCUUCCUUCCUCCCCCCCCCCCUCUCUCUCUCUCUUUCCUUUGUGAUGGCCGAUGAAGAGACCUCGCGGAGACCUUUAGGCGGCCGAAACCGUCAUCGACUGAUCCGUCAUUCGUCGUCGUCGGUCCAUCAACUGUUUGCGCUAUCUUAGUACACGACUGGAUGCGAACCAAUCGAAUUUUUUCGCAUGCAGCGCGGGGCGCGGUAAACAGUUGCUCAUUCUGGGGAAUUAUCGCAGGAAUCGUAGCGGGUAAGCGUCGCGAUCUCGACACACACGUCGGACGGCAGAGACGAUCUGCGAGAAUGGUGCUUCGUUCGCGGUGUCUGCUGCGUCAUCGCGAGAAAUCGGACCUGAGCUGGAACGCCUCAAGCUUGAAAAAGAAAGAAAAAGACAGAUUCAACCCCCGCGACUCGCAGCGCCUGCAGAUGAUCAAUCGCUCGACCGUAAUCGUCUCAUUUUUGAAAUCGUAGAAAUCGCACACGUCACGGCUUGCAUCCGUAUCAUUGCACGAUCAUGAAAUCCGUCAAGUCCGCGAGAUAUUCAUCAGGGUCGUUACAAACGAUUGCCAUUGAGCGUCGCGAGAACAUUUUCGUGCAAUCGUAUAACAUGAAAUCGAUACUAUCCGCAGCUUCCGGGAACAGUAGAGUGACACAGCGGAGAAUACCGAGCGGGGGGGGGGGGAACAUGGAAGGAAGAAGGAGAUGAUUGAAAGGGAGAGAGAGAGAGAGAGAAAGAGAGAAGGGAGGAAGGGAGAAUAUCGCGAAUCGCUGCAUACGGGCGAUUUGGUGCGUGCAUGAGUAUGUGUGUGUGUGUGUGAGAGAGAGAGAGAGAGAGACGUAACGCUUCGUGAAACGUUAUAAUAUUGCAUCAGCUCGCUGUAUGAUCGACAUCACCAGCGGAAUUCAAUAUUUAAGUGGUUACACACGUCCUAUCCCUUCCUGUGAGCACAAUCGAAAAGGCUCGCUGGUGUUUUCGAGUGCAAUCCUCAAAAAGAAAAAGAAGAGAAAGUGAAAAGGAAGAUCAAAAAGAAAGCGUAUUGCCGCAUGGAGAUCUAUGCUACGAAUAGGAAAAGGCGCAGAGACUAUUAACGAGAGAGAGAGAGAGAGAGAGAGAGAGAGAGAGAGAGAUUCGCGAUAAUGGAAAUAGAGAUAUUUUUUUAUGUAUAUUUGUAUAUAACUAUAUAAUUGAACGUUACAACACCGAAUUACAGAGAGAACGAUCGAGACACGUAUAGAGGAGGAAAAAAUAUUUAUUUUUGAAAGAAAUUUUACGUUAGAGAGUAUAAUACGCAUAUAGGUGCUAAAGGAGGAAGAAGCUCCGUCUCACCGCGUCGCGCCGCAGAAGCGCGCGCGAUGUUUCGGAUGAAACUUGGUUUCGAUGACGAAAAAGAACCAAAAAAAAAAAAGAGGCGACUUUUCCGUGAGUCUUCAUCUGAUUUGUUCACAGUGUUCACACGAGGAGAACGUCGAUUUCUGAUCUCGUAGCAGCGAUCACAUAUUGCCUAUAUAGCGUCCCACGUGUAUGCAUUCUGUCGUGUUGUACCUUUGUCGUGCUCCGAACACGCUAAAUCUCGGCUGUCCCUGCGAUAUGUGUGCAAUCAUGUCACAUUGGCCCCGUCGCGGAUCUUCCCUCCCCCCUCCCCCUUCACCUCACCUCCUCCCAGCCUCUCUCCCACCCUCGCCGCGAUCGUUCUUGCCUCUCUUUCUGCAUUCUAGAUGAGAUGAGAAUUCCACGAAUUAAUAUUGUAAUUAAAACCAUUACGACCAUCGUUGUUGAAAGAGAUACUUCACGUGUACAUAUGUAUAUAAUUUAUUACUUAUAUGAUCGCUGUAUGUAUGUAAAAUCUAACGUCGUUAUCUUGCCCCCUUCUCGUUCUUUUCGCUCCCCGCGCUCUUCGUUUCUCGCAUUAUUCUCACCACCCUCGAACCCCUUCCCCCCUCCCCCCGCCGCCGCUCACGCCCCCUUUCCUGCCCUCGUCCUAUUCCCCUACGUGUAUACAUACGAUUUAGCGAUUGUUAAUGUUAUGUAUAUGUUGCUCUAUUUAUUAACAAGAUGACUAUAUCAAAUGAGAAUAUAUUGUUAAAGUCAAAUAAUUAUUUUUAUUAUCGUAAAGGACUACUUUGUCGAACGUGCAAUGCGUUACAAAAAAGUGACAAAAAUUUCGUACCUACGCUUAUACAAGUUACACAAGUUGUACAAGUUACACACUCGCAUGUGUGCAUAUACACAGACACACACAUACACACGUAACACGUACGUGUACACACGCGCGGGCGCGCGUACAUGCACGCAUAUUUUUCAAACAUUACACACACA